AUGUCUGACGCCCCCGCCACCCAAGUCACCGAGAAUGGCGCGCCUCCGGCUACGCAAGAAGAAAUUCCUGGUUUCAAGGUCUUUGCUGGCAAUCUUGCGUACACUACCACGGACGAGGGGCUGAAGGCUUUCUUUGCUCCUGUGCAGAACGACAUUAUUACUGCCCAAGUCAUUUUGAGGGGCACCCGGUCCGCCGGUUAUGGCUUUGUCGCUCUCUCAAGCGUAGAGGCUGCUCAAAAAGCUGUCGACGCUCUUGACAAACAGUUGCUUGAUGGUCGGCAAGUCAUUGUCGAGCUUGCCAAGCAGUCCGACCAGAAAGACAAGGAAAAGAAGGAGAGGAAGCCUAAGAGGAGACCCGGCAGGCGAGGCAGCAAAGCUGUUCCCGGGGAAGUAUCUGAGGCGGAGGCCAAUGGCGACGAUACCAAAGACGACGUUGCUGCUGGCGCUAGUGAGUCUGAGAAACCCAAGAAAAAGAAAAGCAAGAAGUCUGUGAUUGAAAUGUCGCAGCGCAAGCCCAAGGCCAAGACCGAAGGUGAAGUGGCGGAACCCCUUCCCCCUGCCACGACGGAACCGACUACAGAGACUCCCAAAAAGGCUCCCCGUCAACGCAAGCCCCGUGCUCCGCGUACCCCUCGCCCUGCUGGUGAGGAUCCCGAAGGCGAACAAUCCAAAACUGUCUUGUUCGUUGCUAACCUUGGCUUCAACAUCGAUGAUGCUGGUCUUGCCGCUCUUUUCACUGACGCCGGAAUCAGUGUCACUUCUGCUCGCAUUGUGCGCAGACGAUGGGGCCACCCUAGGCGUAGCAAAGGGUACGGUUUCGUCGAUGUUGGUAGCGAAGAAGAACAGAAGAAGGCUAUCGAGGCUCUACAAGGCAAGGAGGUGGGCGGUAGGCCCAUUGCCGUCAAAGUUGCUGUCAAUUCCUUUCACGAUGAAGAGGCUGCUGAGGCUGCCCCUCCCACUGAUGCUGUUGAAAAUAGACUGAAAAGUCGUCGAGAACGCGAGCGCGAAGCACGCGAGGAAGGUUUAAGCAAGAGUCUGUUUGACAGAGCGAAGGAAGAGGAAACGGGAGGGAACUCUGGCUUGAACAAAGGACUGUCUCUCAUGAUGAAGAUGGGCUUUCAACCGGGACAGUCUCUAGGACGACCUCAUAACGAUGGCUCUAAACAAAACGAGUCUUUGAAAUCAGAGAUUUCUUCCCUUGGAGAUUUGGUUGCCCCUGUAUAUACGGAGGACUCUCAACCAUCUAGGACCGGCACUUCACAUCGCACCGAACCCUUACCCCUUAGCGAAUGGUCUGGAAAACUGGGUAUCGGUAUCUCCAGGAAGCGGGGUGUUUCACCUUCUUCCGCUGAUAGAGUCGCCAAAAUGGUGAAGAUUGCAGAAGACUCUACAAAGGAAGAUUUUCGUGACCGUUCAAGGCGGGAGUAUGCAGAGCGCCGUGCUGAAAAUAGACUUGGGCCCGCGCAACGAACUUGUGCUACAUUGGAUGAGAAAUCUGGUAUACCGUUCAACGUGUUGUGGCUAAACCCUGGAAACCCAGAUACAUUUCCUCCCGGACUUAUCGAAUCACUCAAUCUGCAUACAUCGCUAAAUAUUCAAAUUGAUCAGGAACAUCCAGAGGACAACCUCCCAAGACGGCUUCAAAGGGAAAUGAAAACCAACGCCCUUCAACCAAUAUCCCUUGAGGUUGAUAAGGAACCUGGUAUCGGUAAUGGUUUCACUGAGGGUACCCUUCAAGAAAUUCAGCAGUUCUUUCAUCUCCGGACCCAGGAUCGGCUCAAACUGGUUAUUUCCUAUCUUCGCGACCAUUACUCUUACUGCUUUUGGUGCGGUGCUCAAUAUGACGACCAGAACGACAUGGAGAAUAACUGCCCAGGACCUGAUGAAGAAGCUCAUGAUUAG